ACGCUCAUCAUUGCUUGUGCCCAUUGCGCAUGGGAAUUAGACCCUCAUUUUGUCACACUGUGUUUUACUACUAACUGACUGAGGGUACAAAGAUGACGGACAAGCUCCCCCCUCCGCUCCUCGCCCUCUUUCAGCCUCGUCCACCCUUGCGCUAUGUUACUCCCAUUGACCGUGCACCAGAGGACUGUAAGAAGAGUACACUCGGUGGUGUCGCACAGUUUCUCCCCGACUUGAAGGAGUAUGAAGAGGAGUACCCCUACAAUGCUACAGAGAGUUGGAUCCAGCGCAAAUUGCGACAGAAGCAGGAGAAAAAGGAAAACAUCGAGAAACAUUUGACGGACGGCAUUCAUACAUUCGACCCUGCGAACGACCCGCAAGCUCGAGGCGACCCCUUCAAAACACUUUUUGUUUCCCGUCUUAGUUACGAUGUCAAGGAGUCCGAUCUUGAAAGAGAGUUCGGCCGAUUCGGACCUAUUGAGAGGAUCCGUAUCGUCAAAGACACUGUAACCCCGAAGGGUUCGAAGAAGCCGCACAAGGGGUACGCUUUUAUCGUUUACGAGCGCGAGAAGGACAUGAAAGCCGCCUACAAAGAGACGGAUGGCAUUCGUAUCAAAGACCGACGUGUCUUGGUUGAUGUAGAACGUGGUCGCACUGUCAAGGGCUGGAAGCCUCGGCGCUUCGGCGGAGGUCUUGGCGGCCGUGGUUACACCAAAGCCCUGCCCUCGCGCCCUAUCGGCCCCGGGUCAUUCGGUGCUCCCUCUGGACCUGGAGGCUACGGCGGUGGCUUCCGUGGUGGCUUUGGUGGUGGUAGAGGAAGGGGGGGCUUCCGCAACGAACGCUUCGGGGGUCCUCGUGGUGGUGUCGGAUACCAAGGAGGCCGCAAUGGGUUCGGCGGAGGCGGACAAGCUCCGCCAAACGCACCAUCUGGCCCCGGCGGUGGAAGAAGCGGUGGUUUUGGCGGCAGGUUUGGUGAUCGUGAUCGGGGCGCAACCGGAAGCAACCGUGAACCGAUAAGGCCAAGAGAUGGCUUCUCCGAGCGCGAUCGAAGGGAUGACCGGGACCGCGAUGGUGGUGACCGUCAUCGGGACCGCGACAGGGACAGCUACCGUUACCGGGACCGUGACCGCGAGCGCGAGCGGGGUGACCGUGGUGACCGUGGUGGUGACCGUUACGGAGGCCGGGAGGACUACGGACGCAAGCGAUAUCAUGAGGAUGAUGCAUACGAUGACCCUCGCGCCAAGAGAAGAUACUGA